GGGGCGGGUAGGUGAGUCGGAUAAGGCGUCGCUUGGUGAUCGGGGGGCACCGGAGACCUGAGUUCGACUCUCCUGGUGAGCAUAGUUGCUCCCAUACCCGGGCACUACCACUACACAUACAAUACAGAUCUCUUCCUACACAGGGCACUAGCUAGUAAAAAUCGUACACAAUGAUGGUACUUCCAUCCCCCUCCUUGGGGCUCCUUCCACACAAUACAACACUUACACUGCUCACGCCAUCGAACAAAAAACCAUAGCAAUCUACUAUCGCCGGUGCGUAAGGUCAUCUAGAUUAGAAGACCAGUCUGUGAAUAAAGCAGACGGCACCUAAAAAUACCAAUACCAAUACCAAGCAUGAUACAAGAAAUACAAGUUUAUAAAAGAAGACUAACAUUUCAAAGAAAAACGGAACGAUCACUUUUUUGGACGUGGAUGCAUGGAAAUAAAAUUACAAAAAUGUGGGCAUGGUUAUGCGAACUUUGGUGCGCCAGCUUUUCAUGCUCUCCACUCCAUGCUGUUUGGCAGAUAUGCUGAGGCCUGAGCCAGCCAUCGUAACAGCUUGUGCUGGACCUCCAGUCAUAUGAUUUGACUGUUGACCUUCUGUCAUCAGGAACAAUCACAGUAUCGUCGCUUAGCAUCCAGCAUCCUCUUUAAUAAAUUGGAGAAACUUCCAGUGUCGACCGAGCUAAGGAUCUCAUCAAUUCCCCUUUCUUAAAUCCUCGUGUAUGCCCAUGUGAAUGUGGGUGUAUUCACGAGGACUCCCUUUACCCUAUCCCUGCUGGUCGUGGAUUCAACUUUUCUGUGGAUGGAUAGAGCACCUGGAUGUGGAUGCCUAGCUGUAUUUCCCUAUGUUUCAAGACUUUGCGGACUCGUCACAGAAAAAUAUAGUCGGGUAAUAGAAGACAAAUAUUAAGUAGACGUCGUCAUCUUCCUUCAUUAUCGUGUGGAACUACUCUUACUACUACUACUACCGCACAAACAUCACAUUUGCACCUGGACAUCAUCUAGAAAAUCGCCGCGACGACAUCCAGGAAGGAUUGAACAAGAAGCCGGACAGAAAAGCCGGACAGGACCGCCGGGGGAAAGAAAAAAAAAAGGGCCAAUCCAUCAAAAGUGUCUAGAAAAAAUGUUGUGAUGAUUCGUUUGUCCGGAGUAGUUGUCGACAACAAGUGAAGCAGAAGAAGAAGCAGUACACCCGAAUUUUUUCAAAGCUGGAUUCGUUGGCCGCCGCCGCCGGAUCGACGACUGCCGCCACCAGCACGACUGCCGCCAUCGCCGGAUUAUUGAUAGUCGGUAGGAAGAUGGCAGCUUUCGAAUGGGACUGCGAUUGCGGCUGGAGCGAAUGGGAUUUGGAUUCGACGGAAUGGACGGCCGCCAGCAGCAGUCCCGCCAGCAGCAGCAGCAAACGGCCCGCACCUCCUCCGCCGCCUCCGCCUUUCUUCGACCUGCCACCUCCACCACUGCCGCCGUCACUUCAACCUCCGCCGGAAUUGUGUUCGUCGGCAGCCGACCAUCCAUUGGGACUCGAAACUUGCCAAGCUUUUCUGGUAAGCGAUGCCGAGCGUCAGAUUCCCGUCGACAGCUCGGCUUCCACCGCUACUAUUGUCGUUCCGGCCGUCGUCGUCCUCUGCAUCGCCUUCGUCAUUAUCGGAUUCAUCGCCUGGAGGUUCCGGAAACAAAAGAUGAACCAGAAAGCGCUUCUACGUUGCCAACAAAAGACGAUCAACGGAGCCGGAGGCGUCGGAGUUGGAGGUGGAAUGAUGGACGGAAUGGUGCCGGCCUUACUGCAGGGCCUCAAUGGUCGUCAAGUGGCCGCUGGAAUAGCGGGUGUCAACGACGACGAAGAUGGCGUCUUCUACGAUGAACUCUCGUACCCUCCGCAAUUCCGCGCACCCAAUCACCCGCCCGCUUACGAGAUGAAGGACGUGCUGCUCGAGUCGACUUCACCGUGCCACUGCACCGCUCACCCGCUGCUGGGCAACGGGAGGAACGUGAGAAACGGCGGUUGCAACGCGGUCGGUCCCCGCUCCGGCGUUGGCGUUGGCGUUGGCGGUGGUCUGAUGCACUGCCAGCAGCAGCAGCAGCCGCACUACGUCACGUCGCCUUACCGCUGCGGCAGUCACUCGCCGCCCUCGUCGACGACGCCCACUAUCGACGACCAGCACGACUGCAGCUGGAUUACCGAGCCCGUCUACGAAGAGCUGCCUUCCGGCCCAGAAGAGGACGGACGAUUCUCGAGGGAUCAGCGCUCACGACACCGGAACGAUUCGGUCGGCAUCAAUGAUUCAUUACGCAGCCAAAGAGGUGGCUCUGCAUACCAGAGGCCUUCGAAUUACUGGAGUGGUGCGGAAGAGCCUGGGGAGACGGAUUUCUUUUUGCCUCCGUCGACGUGGUACCACCAGCAGCAGACGCAGCACAGCACUCCGAUCCUGAAGGGUCACAUGACCACUCACGGUCAAGUGAGGAAAGGACGGGGUGGCAUCCAGGCCGCUUGGAGGGAGAUGGAAUCGUCGCCCCAGUUGCAGCCGCAGCAGCAGCAGCGCACUCGAGGCACUUCAAGUAGCGCCAGUCAACCCAAUUCCGGAAGGAGGAAGCGAAAAGUCAAGUCGAUGAAGAAUCCCCCAGCCGGAAGCGGUGGUGGAGUCGGCGCUGGAUUGGAGAUUUUGGAUCAUCAGAAUCUCCACUACCACUGCACCGGACUGUACAGAGGUCUAUGCCCGCCGGAAGAACCACCUUUCAUCGCCGGAGAGAACGAUCCUCCGGUCGCUUCUCUGCUGGAUCAAGACAGUCCAGUGCCGUCGGAGCAGCUCAGCACGCCGACCAAAACGCAGCCGCGCUACUAUUACUAUUCGGAGAGCGACGACUACGGCGUGAUGAACCCGCCGUCGCGGACGCUGUCCAAUUCUCGGCGGGGAGUGCAACAGCAGCGCCAUCUGUCGCGAGUCAACCGAACCAUUCAGCCGCGCUCGCCGACGUCCGUGUCCUCGGACAACAACAAGAAUGUCGACCUCAAUUAGUUGACGUUGUUUACACUUUUUAACAGACAGCCACAGACACACACAGACACACAGACACACACAAAACACGCCAACCGCCACCGCACAAAAGCCAUUCCACAGAAAAUAACGACAACAAAAAAGAAAACCGACCAACAAACAGACAAUCCAUCCCCGAAAAAAAAAAAUUUCGCCCUCGAUCCUCUCUCCAUUCGUUCCUCCUACACACACACACACGUACGACGAUCGGAGAGAGAGAGAGAGUGUAGUCGAAUUUUUCUUUCAAAACAGUCGUUUAAUAAUUUACCGGUCGCCAUAAAACAUUGGGGGAGCAGUACAUUCUUUAUUUAUUUAUUUUUUUCUCUUUACAAAAAGAAAAGAGGAGUUUUUUUGAAACAACUAAUGAAUACCAAUCAUUUCGGCCACUUUGCACGCGGUGUAGCGACCGGAAAUAACUGAUGCGUUUUACUCCACUCUGUUUUUUUUUUUUUUUGAAAGAAAAUAAUAAUAAUACGAGAACCUCUUUCUCGCUCUCCUUCGUUUCGAGCGGUCCGGCGACAAUCAAAAACAGUACCGGCUAUCAGCUCGAAUUUCGCGGUUUAUUUUCCCCCCCUCCACAACUCGACUGAGCGCUACGCGCCGUGAAACCGACCGAAAGUUGUGAAAUAAUUUAAAAUUAUUUAACUUAUGGAGCAAGAAAAAUGAACGACUCCCCUGACUUUUUUUUUCUUUACGUUCUGUUUUCGACUUUCUUUUUUAGUUUUAAUGUUUGUUUAUAAGCGAAACAAAAAUUUCAUUUGAUUUCCAACCGAAUUCCGACAGAAGAACCGCGCACCGACUAUUUUUUAAAUUCAAACCGAACCUUUCAAAACAAAUUUCCAAACGAGAAAAAGCUCUUCGUUUACUUUUUUUCUCCUUUUCUGAGAGUUCUGUGUAUUUAAAAAAAUGAAAUUAAAACAUUGUCUGUUUCUUUGUGAACGUCUCACUGUGAUAUUAUCGAUGUGUUUUUUGCUUCUUGUCGAUUUUUCAUUAAUAAUAUUCUAUUUCAUUUCUUGUUUUGUAUUUUUGGCGGGGGGUUCGCUCAAUCUAUUGGAAGAAGUAGAAUUUGGCGAUUUUUGAAAGUGGGUGUUUUCUAAAUUAGACGGACAAAGAAGUGGUGGGCGUGACCGUCUUUCAUAAUCUUGACACUCGUACGCGCCCAUCACCCAUUUCGUGAGCACACACAGACAUACACACACAUGACUCCACCACCACCGAACCAAAUCACCUUCCCUAUAAAUAACGACAGGUGAACUAUUGCACAUGUUGGGUUUCCCGUUUCGGUCGAGAGAAGAGCAACAAUAAGUAAAAGCAGCGAAAAAAAAGAAAAAAGAAAAGGAGAAAGAGUUAUAAUUGGGUCAUGCUUCAUCCAUCAACGAUGGCCAACA